AGGGAGAAGUUUAUCAGCAAAGGACCUUAAAUGUUAACGAUGAAGAAAAUGAGCAAUAGAGCUUUUACCAAGUACACUGGAGUUAUUGGGGUGUUUAACUGCCAGGGAGGAGGUUGGUUCCGUGAGAUUAGGUCCAACAAAUGUGCUGCUGAGUUUUCUCACAGGGUAUCAACCAAGACAUUGAAUGGGACAGUGGAAAGAACCCAAUUUCCAUUGAAGUGGUGCAACUUUUCGCCUUAUAUCAGCCAAGCUAAGAAACUCAUCCUCUCAGCACCAUCUGAUGACAGUGAAGAGAUUUCCUUGGAGCCGUUCAAUUUUGAGCUUAUAACGGUUUCCUCAGUGACUGCCUUGCGUGGCAAGUCAGUGAAGUUUGCUCCUAUUGGUUUGGUGAAUAUGCUAAACACUGGUGGAGCAGUCCAGUCCUUGGCUUUUGAUGAGGCUCAGAAUUUGGUUGAAGUUGGUGUAAGAGGCACUGGGGAGAUGAGGGUCUAUGCCUCAGAGAAACCAACAACUUGUAGAAUUGAUGGCAAACAAGUUGAUUUUGAAUAUGAAGGGUCCAUGGUCAAAAUUCAAGUACCAUGGCCUGGUUCUUCAAAAUUGUCCACUGUCAGUAUGUAUUAUGAGCCAGGGAGAGUGAUUUUUUUUUUUUAAUUAUUGUUCAUAGUGAAUGAUGUCAAGGGGCUUUUUAUAUCCCUUACUAGUAUGUUUGAGAACUUGCUUUUCUAGUUUUUCGCUCAAUGUUGAGGGAAGUAAUAGGGUAAUAUGAUAAUUGAGUAA